UUGAUGCAAAAUUGAAAGACCCUAAACAAUUAGUAACCAUAUAUACAGUACUGUAGGUAAGAUAAUGUGAAAAGGUUCAUUAUUUGUUCAUUGUUUUAUAGUUCCUAUUGACUCAACUAAAGGAAUCAAGAUGUUAUAUGUAUUUGUGGACAUAAAGCUGGAUGCCACACAUUUUGUCAACACAGUCAGACACAAUUUUGAAGCCGGAAAGUCACUUGCACUUUUGAGCACAAUCCAGUUUGUGACAACACUUCAAGCUGUAUAUCAAGACCUGUGUAAAGAUUAUCAGGUAGAGAUUCUGCAGUGUAAACCAUUGUCACCUGGAGAGAUUCUGGGCUGCACUGCUCCUAGAAUAAAACACAAGGAUGCAUUCAUUUACUUAGGUGAUGGAAGGUUCCAUCUAGAGGCUGUCAUGAUUGCUAACCCAUCUACACCAGCAUACAUAUACGAUCCCUAUAGCAAAGUGUUUUCCAGGGAAUAUUACGAUAUUGAUGCCAUGUUUCAAGCGAGGAAAGACGCCAUAACUACAGCGUCAAGAGCUAAGAAAUUUGGACUCAUUCUAAGUACAUUAGGAAGGCAAGGAAGUCCAAAGGUGCUAUAGAAGUUAGAAGAACGAUUCAGCAAGGCGGGCCUGGAAUAUGUAAUUGUACUCAUGUCUGAAAUAUUUCCGGGUAAACUUGGAUUGUUCGAGGACGUGGAAGCGUUUGGUUGGUUUUCCCUUGUUACUUGCUUAUUUUCUCUCGCCGGAUAUAUCAAGUGGUUUUUAAGUCGCAGCUUACGGAUAAACCGUGAACUCGGAACUUGAACGCAGAACGUGAACGCAGAACGUGAACGCAGAACAUGAACUCAGAACAUGAACGCAGAUCAUGAACGCAGAACGUGAACUCAGAACGUGACCUCAAAACGUGAACGCAGAGCGUGAACUCAGAACGUGAACUCAGAACGCGAACUCAGGACAUAAACCCAGAACGUGAACUCAGAACCUGAACUCGGAACGUGAACUCAGAACAUGGACUGGGAGCCUGAACUUGAACUUGAACUGAGAGCCGAAACUGAGAGCCUGGUCUGAGAACUUGAACUGAG